AUGAAUAAACGAACACCUUGGACGCAAUCAUCCAUAUUAUCAGACCGUAUCAAGCCGCAAAAUACUCCGUCCAGUACACCCAAGAAUAGAGGGAAAGCGAGGGAAGGAGCAGCCCAACAGCCUCCGAAGAGCGUAGCAGUACGUUCAAUCGAAACGACCAUCAAGAAACUGCAAAUUGAGCCCGGAGAUCAGAAGGACCCUAAAGGAGGCUGUUUCUGCCUGGCACAAACACAUGAACCGUCACCGUAUCAUCCGAUUUGCUCAAGUUGCGGGCUAAUUCUUUGUUUGCUCAACAAACCAUAUUACGCAUGUCCCCAUUGCUCAGCGGUCUUGUUGUCACCUACCACUAAGGAAAUCUUAUUGUCCCGUUUACAAGUCGAGCUCUCUGACACGAUCGCAAAGGAAGAAGAGGAAGCAGAACGUGCAAGGGACGAUGCUCGCCAAGCAGCUGGAGCAUUCCCUUCACUUAGUGGAGGAGAUGCAUCUUCACAGGCACAACAGAACAGGGCCGCCCAAUCACAUAAAGUGCUUUCAUUGAAUUCAAAGACAAAGCGUGUAACAGUGGCAUCUUACGGAUCCUCGCCUACGCUCGUUUCUAAUUCCAACUCGAAUCGUCUAGAGACGCGCAAGGAGGAAUCACCAGAACGAGUACCACCACCAUCAGUGGAUAUUGCAGUAGCUCGUGGACGGUCGGAUGUAGGUCGUCCUUGGAUGGAUACACGAGGUGACGGCUUCGUCCGCACGCUGACUUACGUGCGUGAUCCACGGAUUGACCGGGAGCAACUAAAGGAGGAUAGGAAAGCUAGAAAGCUGAAGAAGAAACGGGAUGCAAUAAACUCUGCUGAGGAUGACAAUGGCGAGACUGCAGGUGACGGGGGCAUUGCAGGUUCUUGAACGAGGCUGUCGGUCCCCUAAC